AGAGGGGGGAGGGAACGGAGACGCGGGAGAUUACACCUCCCUCGUCGUAUUUCGGUCUAUUGGUGGGAGGAGGCAGAGGAGGAGCAUCAUAACGCCGAUUUUCAAGGACGCAGAGCUGCGGUUCGGAUCCAAACCCCCAAAACGCAAGUCGGUAGCGGUCCUGGUAACAGCCCGGAUGCAGGAAAGGGGCGUCCUGUAGUUCUACGUCGGGCAUCUGAAGCCGUCGCACACAUGCACGCGUAGCCUACGUAUUUAAAUGCGAGGUAGCCGAGACGCACUGGCUGGACAGGCGGCGAAGAGGUCGCUGACGGACUGUGCGUAAUGCUGAGUGGACAGCAGCAUUCCUCUCCGUACACCUCAGCCCAGACGGGCUAUUGACGGGACAAUUCCGACUCGUUCUGCAGUGCGGCUCGUCAGUACAACCAGAUGCUCUCCGCCGGACCGGACCCGUCCACCAACCCGACCGGAGCCUGAGCCGAAGGAUGCAGGUGAAAAACCAGAUCUGCACCGAGCGGAGCAGCACCGACGACCCGGAGCAGGAUGACAGCCAGAAGAAGACCUCGUGUUUUUCCAACAUCAAGAUCUUCCUGGUGUCGGAAUGCGCGCUCAUGCUGGCACAGGGCACCGUGGGUGCAUAUUUGGUAAGUGUCCUGACCACCCUGGAGAGACGCUUCAACCUCCAGAGUGCCGAUGUCGGCGUCAUCGCCAGCAGCUUCGAAAUCGGCAACCUGGCCCUCAUCUUGUUUGUCAGCUACUUUGGCGCCAAGGCCCACAGGCCCCGGCUGAUUGGCUGCGGCGGGAUCGUCAUGGCGCUCGGCGCGCUGCUGUCGGCCCUGCCCGAGUUCCUGACUCACCAGUACGAGUACGAAGCCGGGGACUCGUGGCACGCCGAGGACGGCAGGGACAUCUGCUCCAACAACACCAGGUCGGAGAACCGGGACUCUGGGUUCAAAUGCGGCAACAGAGCCAACACCAACAUGAUGUACCUGCUGCUGAUCGGAGCCCAGGUUCUGCUGGGCAUCGGAGCCACGCCCGUCCAGCCUCUGGGAGUGGCCUACAUCGACGACCAUGUCCACAGGAAGGACUCCUCGCUCUACAUAGGCAUUUUAUUUUCGACAUUAGUGUUUGGCCCGGCCUGCGGCUUCAUCUUAGGUUCUGUCUGCACCAAAGUCUACGUUGAUGCUGUCUUCAUGGACACCAGUAAGCUGGACAUCACUCCAGAUGACCCUCGCUGGAUCGGGGCGUGGUGGGCCGGCUUCCUCCUCUGCGGUGCCUUACUCUUCGUCUCAUCCCUCUUCAUGUUCGGCUUCCCCCAGGCGCUGGACGAGCAGGACAUGGGCGGUGGAGGGGAGAGCGAGCAGGCCAUGCUGCCUUCCUCCCUGACCAUGGAGUGCCAGGACUCCAAGCCCAACGGGGCCGUUCACGGCUUCGACAUGAACAGUGGACUCUCAGUCUGUGAGCAUCUGAGAGUAAUCCCCCGGGUCACCAGGCACCUUCUCUCCAAUCCGGUGUUCAGCUGCAUCACGCUGGCAGCCUGCAUGGAGAUCGCUGUGGUCGCCGGUUUUGCCGCCUUCCUCGGGAAAUACCUGGAGCAGCAGUUCAACCUCACCACCUCCUCAGCCAAUCAGCUGCUAGGAAUGACGGCCAUCCCAUGCGCCUGUCUGGGUAUCUUCCUCGGGGGGCUGCUGGUGAAGAAGCUGAACCUGUCGGCUCUGGGCGCCGUCCGCAUGGCUAUGAUGGUCAACCUGGUGUCCACCGCCUGCUACGUCUCGUUCCUCUUCUUGGGCUGCGACACCGGGCCCGUCGCCGGAGUUACUGUCGCCUACGGCAACGAGACGCUGCGGUCAUGGCAGCGACCUGAGUCGGCGUGCAUCAAUAACUGCAAUUGCUACACAGCAUCAGUGAGCCCCGUCUGUGGGUCCAAUGGCGUCACCUACCUCUCGGCCUGCUUCGCCGGCUGCACCAAACCAAACCUGACCAGCUGCACGUGUAUAUCCAGCUCCAGUGAGGAGGCGGUGGCUUUACCGGGGAAGUGUCCCAGUCCGGGCUGCCAGCAGGCCUUCCUCACCUUCCUGUGUGUGAUCUGUGUGUGCAGCAUGAUCGGAGCGAUGGCCCAGACCCCCUCCGUCAUCAUCCUCAUCAGAACGGUUAGUCCAGAGCUGAAGUCCUACGCCCUCGGAGUUCUGUUCCUGCUCCUGAGACUCAUCGGCUUCAUCCCCCCCCCGCUGAUCUUCGGCAUGGGCAUCGACUCCACCUGCCUGUUCUGGAGCUCCGUCUGCGGCGAGAAGGGCGCCUGCAUGCUGUACGACAACGUGGCCUACAGGCACCUGUACGUCAGCAUCGCCAUCGCCCUCAAGUCGUCCGCCUUCGUCCUGUACGCCACCACGUGGCAGUGUUUGAGGAAGAACUACAGGAAGUACAUCAAGAACAGCGAGGGCUACCUCACGCCCACCGAACUCUUCGCCUCCAACGUGACUCUGGACAAUUUGGGCAAGGAGAUCACCCAGAACCCGGCCAACAGGACAAAGUUCAUAUACAACCUGGAGGACCAAGAUACGUGUGACAACAUGGAGUCCGUUUUGUAGUGCACGCACCUGGUGAGACUGGAGCGAGGCGCGACGUCUCCUCGGUGCCACGUCAGUGUAGAGAAUGUUCUUAGUAAGCUUCUUAUCUCCUUCUCACCCAAAACGAGAGGCUUCCCCAAAUGCUCUAUGUCCCCACUGCACUUUUUACUAAGUACACGGGCCAUCCGGGCCAUUGUAGUCAGAGGAAAUAUUAAGCUCACUUUAUUCUUUUUUUUUUCACACUUUCUUAAUUGGACAGCUAACGAACGUGGGAAAAUAAAUUAGGAAUUACAUGGAAUGACUUAUACUUAAUGCAUUAUACCACUAAUCCCCCCCCCCAUGACGCUCCUCUUUACUUUACAGUUCUGGGCUUUUGUUCGACUCAUGAAGAGACCAGAACUGUUUGAGUGGCAGAGAUAGUGGUCAUUUUGCUUUAGAGGGAAGCACACUUGUGUUCAUGGGUCUUAAUGCGUUCUUUCACCCUGCGCUGGAGUAGUUUUAGACACAAAGUACGUACAAAGCCACCCUGCUGCAGACGGAUUAACAAAGCUGUGUGUUCCCUCACCUAAUUGUCAAAGUUUAAUGCAACAAAUGAAGAUGACUACAGAGGCCCAUACGGGCAAGACGUAAAGGCAGAACUAACAAAAGUAAGUCAAUGACAAGAAAUAGACCUACAGGAUAAAACACCGUCCCGUGGUUGAUGAUCAUAUUUACAUAUUUAAAAGGUUUUGGGCAACAUAUGACGUCAUGGAUGCCCUGUUUCCUGCUUACAUUGUUAAAGCCUCACAGCAUCGCAGAGUCAAAAUGUAAAAGAGAUCCUUUAAGCCCCCUGAAUACCAAUUCAUUGGUAAUCAAUUACACAACAACUGCAUUUCAUCUCAAGAGGAGAAAAGAAGAUAGUUUUGGUACUUUUAUCGUCUUAUAUAAAGAAUAAGAAACAGGGAGCAGUAGAACAAUAUUUGAUCUUUUGUGCUUCCUUUCUGACGCGAUCAGAGGGUGGAGUUCACUCUGAGAUGAUGUUGCACAUAUUGUUCAGAUUUUAGAAAGUCUUUCUCAGUAGCGUUCCCAUCUUGUUGAGCCCGUAAGUAACAACGAUCCCUUUACUGUGUUGUAGUGCCGAGUUUUGCUAUUAAUGCUGGACACUAAUUUUCUUUUUUUUUUUUUACUUCAAACCAUUUUGGCAGUCCUUACUCUGGCCUCUAUAUGAAUGAGGGGCAACUUCCAAAAGUUAGUUUUAAUAACCCAGUCACCCAGAUGUUUAACUGGUGACCUAAAAAGCAACGGACCGUGAGAGAGGAUGCAGGAGCUCCGUGGCCCACCUGUGAGUCGUUGGACCAGGCCUGAGCCGACCCAGUACCUGAACCUGUGAGCUCUUAUCUGACCGUGCCCCCCCCCCCCCCCCCCCCAUAUAAUUCUGCCAGGAACACUUGUGUCGAUGGUCAAUGGAGACACAGUACACCACCAAUACAGUUGACUUGGUGGUGUAAUUCUACUCCAGGGAACGCCCCCUGCAGCAGUAAUGCAUGGAAUACACUGCUACCUGGUAAAUACACAGCAGGGGACAUUGCAAAUGAGACUCUCUGGGGUGAAUGUACGUAGUGGGGCCACAGCAGGUGAUGGCUGUGGUGGAGGAGGAGGAGGAGGAGGAGGAGGCCUUCCCCAAUGGAAUCUGUAACAGCAGCAACAUGGCUGCACAGAAGGAGAGUGUGGAGGCGUUUGAACAGGAGCGAGGCGCUGGGACACGGUGAAUGUGGUGGGCUGGCUGUCAGCAGACACAGCAUAGCAUGACGCACAGUGUCCUGCCAGAAUUAGUUCAUUUAAAAGCAUGCUGUAAAAUGCAUGCAAUGUUAAGAAAUAGAUAUUCACUACGUCACUACGCUGCACAGACUCUGGUGGUUUGGUGGCCAUGGUAACGGUUAAAUACACGUUUAACUCCAAUGGCCUCCAAAUUCUAUUUUAGACCAUGGAGAAGCUUUAUAAUGCAUACUGCAUUGUGAUGUUGACAGUUUUUUAGCAGACCUCAGCUGACUCACUCACACUGCAGUGAUUGUCUAAAAACAAAAUCUUUUUUUUCUUCUGUCUGAUGAAAUUUACGUUUUUAGGAAUUCUGUGGGAUUCUGAUAUCUGACAUAUCCAGUUUAUAAAUAGAAUAUAUGUUUUUUCUGGCUUACUUUGUAAGUAUUUAAUAUGUUUUGCAUCAAAAAUACGGACCUUUGUCCAAACCCUUGCAAUAGAUUUGAUCCCCUUGAUGUUUGAUGUUUGGAGUUAAGGAGCAGUUCCACAUUUUGGGAAGUAAGCAACAAGAUGGAUUCUGCCCUCAUGUUUGCACGCCAGCUUAGUCAAGCUCAAAGAAUGGAAACAGGGGCGAAUGAUGACCCUGACUUUGUCCGAAAGUAACUAACCGACUCCUCUCAAACUGGUUUUCCAGCUCACUGCUGAGAUAACCAGUUCGUACAUAAUGAACAAACAUUUGGGAGCUGUCUCUUUAAUCUAACUCUCUGCAAUAGAGUAAAUAAGCGUACUCCCGAAAAUGUCUAACUGUCCCUUACAGUUUAAGUUCCAUCAUUCAGACCCAUUUUAUGCUGCCGCUCAUAUUUUAUGAGAACAUUUCUUUGCAAGUGGUGGAAUCUGUGUUGGAUCCACACUAGUCAUAGGAUGGAGUUUAGUUUAGUACAAAUAGUAUGAGAUUGAAACUAUACAUUGAUGAUGCUUCAGCAUCAUAUUCUGUAAGGAGGGAUAAGACCCCGUGCCCGACCAGACGAAUGUCGGCUUGCUUUGACGUGAACCAAGAGAGCAUCAACGCGGCUCUUCAGCACAGCAGCGAGACUUAAGUUCAAGUGCUUAAAACCGUCCCCAGGCCCUAAAUUUGACUGUCCCUGAGAGGGUGAUUGAU